GAUAGUCUCUAUAAUUAAUGAUAAAAUAACAACAUCAACAUCAUCAAUCUUCUCUCUAAACCAACAAAAAGUAUAUGGAUUCGCAAACCACCUCCGGAAAUCCAACGUCCUCCGACACUCGACGUCGUUGGUGGUGGUCACGACCAAUAGUUACUCUUGAUCAUGAGCAAACUUUCAAGGAAUUUGCGGUUUUCAUUUCACCAUUUUUCGCCGGCUUUUUCAUCGCCGUUGCCAUAUACUUGAUCUUGUUGUUCAUCGACAAAGCUCACUCUCAGUCUCACCCCAAAUUCUCCAUCCAAUCCAUCACCGUCUCUCCCUAUUCCACCACGUGUCACGUCGACUUCCUCGUAAAAAAACCUAGCUCGAGAUAUUCUAUCUAUUACGACGUUGGUGAUGCUUCGGUGAGGUUCGGUCAUACAAACGUCGAUGUUUUUAACAUAACUCGUAAACGUAACAGCAGAGAUCACACGGCUUUCUCGUUGGACUUCGUUGCUGGAGAGGUAAAUGGAACCGACGUUGUUUCCCAAGAGCUUCACAUCAAACUUAGGGGGAAGCACAAGCGUUAUGUAGAUUCUACUGAAGCUGGACAUUUUGAUCUCUUUGCCCAUUCUGUCUCCGUCUCAAACACAAACGUAAACGCAAACAUCUCAACCGCUGACUGGAGAGUCGGUUUGGUUGCCAUGAGUCCGGUCACCGGCUGCAAAAUCUCUUUCCAUACAAUCAAGUCUCGUCUCCUUCGUGGAGAAGAGGUUGUGUCCGAGACAUCUCCGUCGGUGGAUGGUUUCGGUCAGGUUGUUACCUCCGACAAAACGGAUGGACCGGUCAUAACUGUCGAUUUCAAUGGGGUUGUAACGCCGGGAAUUAUCAGCGAUGUGGUUAGGGGUUAUCGAGUGGAGAUUGUUGCCGGAGUGGACUCUGAUGGUUUCUUGAUGGUGUUGUGCGGCGAUCUACCGUUGAAAUUCACGGCGGACCCGGCGGGAAAUGUGAUUGGAUCGUUACUAGGAAAUAUGAAACGGUGUGACUACGUAUUCGAAGAUAACUUGAAUAUUCAUGUUUAGAUCUUAAAACUUUUAAUCCUCCGCGAUCAUGAAUCUUUCAUCUCUAUCUACAAGUUACUGGCUUUAUGUUAUUCUAUAUAUUCUUUUUUUGUAUUUGAG